AGCUGAGCAUUUGAGGGCUUGCAGUACAUCUCCAAGGACGCUUGGCCUUUGACAUGCACUUCCUGUUUUUUAGACAAGUGACAAAGAUAAGGCCCUUCUGUAACUAGAACCUCGUGAUCAGAUGCAUAUCCGCAUCGGAAAGGUCUUGUACCGUUGGCCUGGCCCACCGAUCAUGAUGCGUGCUGACCGCCAGUUUCGGCGUGAUUUUGAUCGUUUCUAAGCUCGCUGGGGCUAUAAGACAGCGACGUUCAGGUCUCAGAGCAUUGCUUGCUUGAAAGCUAAAUUUGAGUCUUCCGAGUCAUUCGAAUUUAGAGCUUCAAGAUGUCGAGCUGCGACUGCGACAGGAAGACCAGCAACGGAGGAAACUGCGACUCCAGUUGCAAGGAAUGCGAACCCGUGUUCAUAUUCGAGACAAUUUCAAGCCUCACGUUGCUGUAUGCCCCUGUGGUGGUUGCCGCUAAGGCUGCUGGUAUGGAGACCGUCGAGCUGUUCGACUCGGGCAUUGGUCAGUGACGUGCAACCAAAACUGGUUAAGGAGAAACCAGAAUAAGUUUUCCAACAUGGGCUUUUCAUGCUCGGUGUACUCUAGUGGUCACCAACCGGCCGAAUCAGGCGCUGAAACUUGGAUCUGGUGUCUUAAUCAUGUCAGAUGAAGCUGUGUCAAGCUUUUGUAAAUGUUCAUAUAGUCAAAUAAAGUAGUAAAAAAAAUUGGGCUUUCCAACAAGAGUCUCGCCUGUUGCCGGUGGUUCGACUGCAGUAAAAGUACGUUGAGAAAAGAUAUCUGG